CCCUCCCUCCCUCUCUCCCUCCCUCCCUCCCUCCCUCCCUCCUUCUCUCUUACUCGGAGACAGUCAGAACUCUCCUCCCUGAGAGCCACAAACCUACCGCACUGACUGCAUUCAGAGAGGGAACCUGCAAACAAAACUUCACAGAAAACUUUUUGUUCUUGUUCCAGAGAAUUUGCUGAAGAGGAGGAGGGGGAAAAAAAGAAAGAAAAAAAGAAAAGAAAAGAAAAGAAAGAAAGAACGAAAGAAAGAAAGGGGGAAAAAAAAAACCAAACCCAAACCUGUGCGUGAGUGGGGGUAGGAAAAGCAGGGCCUUUUAAAAAGGCAAUCACAACAACUUUUGCUGCCAGGAUGCCCUUGCUUUGGCUGCGAGGAUUUCUGUUGGCGAGUUGCUGGAUUAUAGUGAGGAGUUCCCCCACCCCGGGAUCCGAGGGGCCCGGCGCAGCCCCCGACUGCCCGUCCUGCGCGCUGGCCACCCUGCCAAAGGAUGUACCCAACUCUCAGCCGGAGAUGGUGGAGGCCGUCAAGAAACACAUUUUAAACAUGCUGCACUUGAAGAAGAGACCCGAAGUCACCCAGCCGGUGCCCAAGGCGGCGCUUCUGAACGCGAUCAGGAAGCUCCAUGUGGGCAAAGUGGGGGAGAACGGGUACGUGGAGAUAGAGGAUGACAUCGGCAGGAGGGCAGAAAUGAAUGAACUCAUGGAGCAGACCUCGGAGAUCAUCACGUUCGCGGAGUCAGGCACAGCCAGGAAAACACUGCACUUUGAGAUUUCCAAAGAAGGCAGUGACCUGUCGGUGGUGGAACGCGCAGAAGUCUGGCUCUUCCUCAAAGUCCCCAAGGCCAACAGGACCAGGACCAAAGUCACCAUCCAGCUCUUGCAGAAACAACCCCAGGGCGGCGUGGACGCAGGGGAGGAGGCAGAGGAAAUGGGCUUGAUGGAGGAGAGAAACGAGGUGUUGAUAUCGGAAAAGGUGGUGGAUGCCCGGAAGAGCACGUGGCACAUCUUCCCCGUCUCCAGCAGCAUCCAGCGGUUGCUGGACCAGGGCAAGAGCUCCCUGGACGUUCGGAUUGCCUGUGAGCAGUGCCACGAGACGGGCGCCAGCCUGGUGCUCCUGGGCAAGAAGAAGAAGAAGGAGGAGGAGGGCGAAGGGAAGAAGAAGGACGGAGGAGACGGAGGGGCAGGGGCAGACGAGGACAAGGAGCAGUCCCACAGACCUUUCCUCAUGCUGCAGGCCCGCCAGUCUGAAGACCACCCUCAUCGGCGGCGGAGGCGGGGCUUGGAGUGUGACGGCAAGGUCAACAUCUGCUGUAAGAAACAGUUCUUUGUUAGUUUCAAGGACAUUGGCUGGAAUGACUGGAUCAUCGCUCCCUCCGGCUAUCACGCCAACUACUGCGAGGGUGAGUGCCCGAGCCACAUAGCAGGCACAUCUGGGUCCUCGCUCUCCUUUCACUCGACCGUCAUCAACCACUACCGCAUGCGGGGCCACAGCCCCUUCGCCAACCUCAAGUCGUGCUGUGUGCCCACCAAGCUGAGACCCAUGUCCAUGCUGUACUAUGAUGAUGGGCAGAACAUCAUCAAAAAGGACAUUCAGAACAUGAUAGUGGAGGAGUGUGGGUGCUCAUAGAGUGCCCAGCCCAGGGGGGACGGGAGCCAGAGUUGUCCAGAGAAGACAGUGGCAACAUGAAGAAGUGUUUAAGGUUUCGGAGUUAAACGAGGAGAAAAAAUAUAUAUAGAGAAAUU